AUGAAGCCCCGAGACAAGGUAUCUAUUCAGCCAGAGAAAAAGAUUCUUGAUCGUGGUCAAGAUCCGACUGCUUCGAAGUAUGUUAAACAUGGUCCUGGAUCUGGAGACCUCAUGGACCUGAGUGAUGACAAGGGUUCUUCAGCACCACAAAGUAAUGAUAGCACUAGAGGCAGCGAAACUUACAUGACCUCCGACUCCAUGAAGGCGUUUUUUUCCGCCCAGAACGCAGAGAUGACUUCUUUCCUGCAGUAUUACGGACAACAGGCCGAGGCGCAAAGGUCUACUCUGGGGCAUAUGACUGACCACAUCAGUGGUAUCGUCACAGGCCUCGGCAACACUGUUUCCCAAUGGCUAAGACAUUCUGCUGCGCGCCAAGAGGAACGUCUUUACGAAGAACUUAACCGCGCCUACAUGCGAGUUGGACAUGCCGAGAGCCAAUGUCAACAACUGAAAAUGGACCACCAGGGUUUACAGAAGCAGCUUCAAGAGGCAAACACCAAGCUUGCCGAUGCUGUCAAGGAGCGGAAUGAGUUGCGAAAACUCGCCGAUAUUGCCAGCUGGACAGGCGCAGCAAAGAUAUCGGACGAUGCUAUUCGAAGCCAGUGGAAGCAGCUUGACUACAACAUUCGUGCCAUGGCUAGAGCCAUGGCCAAAUGCCCAACCAAAUGUCCAACAGACGACGUGAACAAAGCGCGAUUCGGACGCAUAGUCUCGUCUUGGCCAAAGUUGUUGGAAAAUGAUGACUACAAAGAACUCAUCCUCGCCGCUUACCUCUGGAUUCUUGUUAAUGAAGAAAUUUUCGUGAAUGGGGAUAAAUUCUGGGGUGGUGGUUUCAUUGGUACUUUCAAAACCAUACGAGGGCGCCUCGUUGAGCUUGCCCCUAGGACUGAUCGACCUUUACGCUUAGGACCGACGAUGCGACAUGUUGCAAAGUGGUCUGCCCAAGGCACCGCUCUCCUCAGUCACUUCGAUCAGCGUGAUAAAAAGGCCCCCAAGAGACACGCUAGUAAAGAAUUAGACAGGUUGAAGCUAUUCUGCAACAUCACUGCGGAGAAGUCAGGCACCGAUUUCCUCCAGGAGAUGAAGGUCAUUCUGGAAACUGCACUCAACCUCGAUGAGAUGUUGAUGGGCUCCAUGGCCAUUUUGUCGACCCAUGAGCUGGAGCAUGGACCGAAGAGUCUGCGAUACGAUGCAGAUCUAAUGGAUGUUUUGGCACACACCAAGGAACUGUCCCCCAAGACUGCAGUUGAUUUCAUUAUCUCGCCAAUGCUUCUCAAGACGGGGAACGCCAAUGGCUGCAACUACGACAGCGAGAUGGUUCUUUGCAAAGCCUCAGUGGUGUGUAAGUGA